UGUAAAUCAACAUGCUGAUGAAGAUCAGAAUCAAUCUGUAUGUACCACUAGUGUAAAUCAACAUGCUAAUGAAGAUCAGAAUGAAUCUGUAUGUACCACUAGUGUAAAUCAACAUGCUAACAAAGAUCAGAAUCAAUCUGUAUGUACCACUAGUGUAAAUCAACAUGCUGAUGAAGAUCAGAAUCAAUCUGUAUGUACCACUAGUGUAAAUCAACAUGCUAACAAAGAUCAGAAUCAAUCUGUAUGUACCACUAGUGUAAAUCAACAUGCUGAUGAAGAUCAGAAUCAAUCUGUAUGUACCACUAGUGUAAAUCAACAUGCUGAUGAAGAUCAGAAUCAAUCUGUAUAUACCACUAGUGUAAAUCAACAUGCUAAUGAAGAUCAGAAUCAAUCUGUAUGUACCACUAGUGUAAAUCAACAUGCUAAUGAAGAUCAGAAUCAAUCU